CUGUUGUUUCAGUUUGGGUUAGAGCUAGGCUGAAAUUAUCCUGACAUUUCUGGGAGGAGAUCCAAAAGAAGUGGAGAGAGGAAGAAAAGGGGGUUAAGAGAGAGAAGAUUAGGCGAAGUGAGCAAAGUGUAGGAGAAACACACUGCCCGCCCCAUAUCUCAUUUGUAUGUGUGUGUUUAAAUUCGGCCUGGAAAAUCUAUUAACAUUGAUGCUUUGGGUCGAGGGAGACAAAGGAGUUGCACUCCACGGAGGAGGAGGAGGAGAAGGAGGAGGCGUAUAGGACUGAUGGGGAGGAUCAUGAAACUUUAAAAAGAGUAAGAGAGAGAGUCCAGACAAGCAACAGCGAAAAGUGCCUCUCUGUGGCUGCUAAGGAGAAAAGGCAUUAGCUGGAGCUAGAUGGGGAGAAGCAAAUAUCCUUCAGGAAACUCCUUUUCAUUGCACCCGGCGAAAGGGUGAAAAGAAAGAAAGAAAGAAAGAAAGAAAGAAAGAAAGAAAGAAAGAAAGAAAGAAAGAAAGAAAGAAAGAAAGAAAGAAAGAAAGAAAGAAAGAAAGAAGCCACAGCUAAGCCAGGCUUUCUUGGGACUGUUUUGUAGUAGAAAAACUGUUAAGCUGCCUAUAACAGAUCUACAUGGCAAUGUUCUUAGAAUAAAGAGAGGUGCUGAGAGAAAAACUGUUGGAAAAAGAAGUUUGCGUCUGGUCUGUCCCACAAUGAACUGGACACUGGUUCUGAGCUUUACAGUGCUAUGGGCGGCUUGGCUAGCGUGUGGCUCUGAAAAGCCACUGAGGCAAGCUGAGAGAGGGCGUCUCAGGAGCGGAAAUGUACCUCUGGCCCACAGGGGCAGUACCAGCAGAUGGGCUUCACAGAUGAGGAGAGCUGAGGUAUCCAAAAAGCUUAUAAGCCCUUCUGGAAGGCAUCGCCAACGCCCACUUGUCAAGAGGGAUUCUUUGGCACCCAAGAACCCACCACCAGCCCCUAUAGAAGAUGCUUCUCAUGUCCAGGCAAAGAGCAGAGGGAAUAAAGUAUGGCCAAUGCAAAGAUCUAAGCUGGAGAUGAUUAAGGAUGAGGGAACAUCCGCAACAUUUCGCUCACGCAUGGUGCGUUUCCCAUCUGGAUCCAGUUCUCCCAAUAUUCUUGCAAGCUUUGCUGGAAAGAACAGAGUCUGGGUCAUCUCGGCUCCUCAUGCCUCUGAUGGUUAUUACCGGCUGAUGGUGAGCUUGCUGAAGAAUGAUGUAUAUUGUGAACUGGCUGAGAGGCACGUCCAGCAGAUUGUCUUAUUCCACGAGGAAGGUGAAGAGGGUAGCAAGGUCAGGAAGAUCACCACUGAAGGGAAAAUUUUGGAACAGCCUCUAGAUCCUAGCCUCAUUCCUAAACUCAUGAACUUUUUGAAGCUAGAGAAGGGAAAGUUUGGCAUGGUGCUGCUGAAGAAGACAUUGCAAAUUGAAGAAACAUACCCCUAUCCAGUAAGGCUAGAGGCUAUAUAUGAAGUCAUUGAUCAGAGCCCCAUUAGGAAAAUCGAAAAAAUAAGGCAAAAGGGAUUCAUCCAGAAGUGCAAGGCAGCUGGAGUAGAGGGCCAGGUUGUGGAAGAAGGCAACAAUGGUGGCAGUAGCACUAGAACAACACCAAGUGGUGGCUAUGUCCAGACGUUGCCUAGGAAAGAAGAGACAAGAAAGGGCAGAAAUCAACCAACAAGGACUAAAACUGUGAAAAAAGGUUUAGCAACUCCAGGGCCUUCUCCUCCUGCCCCUACAACCAGACAUACUACUUUCCUUCCCACAACCACAACUUCCAGGCCAGUCACCAGAACAGUGACAGCAGCAAGCAGACCUGCAACCACUGCAACUAUUCCUGUUACACAGAGGAUAUGGACCACAAAAUCACACACAUUGCUUCCCACGAUGCCUGAAACAACCACCACCCGGGUAACAGAGAAUUUAUCCUCUUCUGUAUGGAAAGAGAACCGCAGAGAAAGGUAUCCGGGCCACACGCAAAGAAAGCCAACUGCUACUAGAAGACCCAGCAAAGCAAUUCAUUAUGACACCUACACAGAGAGUCCAACAACCACAUCAGAACACUACACAAGGGCAAGUGCUGGCAAAUACAGAGACAACCGCACAGACAGGAAGGAUUCUCACAGGAGGGAUCCUAGUGUCACAUCAGGUCAACUCAACAAGCCUGCUAAAAGCAAGCCCCCUAAGAGGAAAGCCCAAGACAAAAUACUGAGCAAUGAAUACGAGGAUAAAUAUGACUCAGGGCAGCCUGCUGUUCCUCGUUUAGAGGAAGGUGUUCCACUGGGAAGUAUCCCACCAAAGAAAGGAAAAGAUCCAAAGAAACAUGACCACUUAGAUAAGUCAGAAAAGAAGAAGAAGGUAAGGGUUGACAAGAAAAACGAGAAGCAGUCCAAGAAGGAUAAAGCUGACAAGAAAAACAAGCAAGAAAAAGAGCGUAACAAGAAAAACAAGAAAGCAAGCAAAACAGAGAACGAGGGGAUGUUGAAACCCAAUGCCAAACCUUAUGCACAGCCCUCCAUGAAAUCGGUGACAAACCUUCUGGAUUUUUUUGAAGGCAAAAGACGACUUCUGGUGAUCACAACACCCAAGGCUGACAACACCAUGUACGUGCAGCAGCGAGAUGAGUAUCUGGAGAGUUUUUGCAAAAUGGCAACAAGAAAAAUUUCAGUCAUCACCAUCUUUGGCACCAUGAACAACAGCCGCAUGAAGAUUGACCACUUCCAGCUAGAAAAUGAGAAGCCCAUGAAGGGGAUACAAGAUGAAGACCUUGUGGACCAACAUCUCAUCAAUGAACUGAGGAGAGAGUAUGGAAUGACUUACAAUGAUUUCUUCAUGGUGCUGACAGACACCGAUAUGAGAGCCAAGCAAUACUAUGAAGUGCCCAUAACAAUGAAGUCAGUAUUUGAUUUGAUUGACACCUUCCAGUCACGUAUCAAAGAUAUGGAAAAACAGAAACGUGAAGGUAUUGUCUGCAAAGAUGACAAGAAACAGUCUCUGGAAAACUUUCUAUCCAGAUUUCGAUGGAGGAGAAGACUACUAGUCAUAUCUGCUCCCAAUGAUGAAGACUGGGCCUAUUCACAGCAGCUUGCAGCUCUCACAGGGCAAGCUUGUAAUUUUGGUCUGCGUCACAUAACCAUCCUCAAACUGUUGGGCCUAGGAGAAGAGAUCGGUGGAAUGCUAGAACUGUACCCGAUCAAUGGGAGCUCCAGUGUGGACAGAGAAGACGUCCCAGCUCAUCUGGUGAAAGACAUCCGCAAUUACUUCCAGAUCAGUCCUGAAUAUUUCUCUAUGCUCUUGGUUGGAAAAGAUGGGAAUGUCAAAUCUUGGUAUCCUUCCCCAAUGUGGUCCAUGGUGAUUGUGUAUGAUUUGAUUGACUCCAUGCAACUUCGCCGACAAGAGAUGGCCAUUCAGCAGUCCCUUGGCAUGCGCUGCCCAGAAGAUGAAUAUGCAGGAUACGGAUACCACGGUUAUCACCAGGGGUAUCAGGAAGGGUACCAGGAUGAUUACCGCCACCAUGAAAGUUACCAUCAUGGAUACCCCUAUUGAAAUCAGCAACUUAAACUUUGACUGUGCCCUGCUUGCAUCUUAAUAACCAUUCAAAACACAAAGGGCCAGAGAUGGAGUUCUUGGCCAUGGAUCAAAUUUGUAUGUUUUUUCCUUCAGGCAAAGGAUUGAACUAAAUACAGUAUUGAACUUUGGCUUCUCUAUGAUGCACAGGUUCCUGGAGUGAAAUAGGUCAAACUCAUAUCGCUGAUUCCUUCUGGAAUAAAAAUGCCUUUGUAUUUUGAACCCUUUCAAUGUGAGGGUAUUACCAGGUGCUAUGUAUGUAUAGAACACUUUUCUCCCACUCCAUUGAUGAACAUCGUACUGUAGGCAGGAGAUAAACUGUACAAUAGACACUAA